GUGGAGCCAGAGAAGACUGCACACACUUCUCUCCACAUCCAUCCCUCAGCAGCACAGCUCCGUUGGUCUCUCUCCUCUCCUCGACUCCACUUGGAAGAAGCAGCCAUGUCUCGGCAGUCAAUCUGCAGAAGCUUUGGAGGCGGAAGCAGAAGGGGAUACAGCUCUUGCUCUGCCAUCGGUGGUGGCUUUGGAGGAAGUGGGGGCAGAAGCAGGAUCAGCUAUAGCUCGUUCUCCACAUCCAGGGGAACUGGAGGCGCCGGACGUUGUGGAGGUUUUAGCAGCAGGAGCCUCCACAACAUGGGUGGCAGCGGAAGGAUUUCCAUGGGUGGCUCUUAUGGCAGUGGAUACGGAUGUAGAAUUGUUGGCUUUGGUGGAGGCUAUGGAGGAGGAUUUGGCAGCAUUGGAGGAGGUGUCAUUGGUGGAGGAAUAGGCAGCUUUGGUGGCCCUGUGAGAGGUGGUCCUGGGUUCCCCGGAGGCAUCCAGCCGGUGCAGGUUGACACAACCCUCCUGCGGCCAGUCCAUGUUGAUAUUGAUCCUCAGAUCCAGCAAGUGAAGUGCCAGGAGAAGGAGCAGAUCAAGACUCUUAACAAUCAGUUUGCUUCCUUCAUUGACAAGGUGCGCUUCCUGGAGCAACAGAACAAGGUGCUCUCCACCAAGUGGGAGCUCCUGCAGCAGCAAGGGCCCUCAGGGCCGAGGAAGAACCUGGAUGUCCUCUUUGAGAAUUACAUCCAGAACCUGAGGAGGAGGCUCGAGUCUCUAGUGGGACAGAGGGGAGAGCUGGAGUCGGAACUGCAGAACAUGCGGCAAUACGUCGAGGAGUACAAAACCAAGUAUGAAGAAGAAAUCAACAGGCGCACGGCUGCUGAGAACGAGUUUGUGGUGCUGAAGAAGGAUGUGGACUGUGCCUACAUGACCAAAGUGGAGCUGGAAGCCAAGGUGGGAGCUCUGACCGACGAGAUCAACUUCCUGAGGUGCAUCUAUGAGGAGGAGCUGGCUCAGAUGCAGACGAUCAGCCGGGACUUGUCUGUGGUGGUGUCGAUGGACAACAACCGCCACUUGGACCUGGACAGCAUCAUCGAGGAGGUCAGGCGCCAGUACGAGCAGAUCGCUCAGAACAGCCGGGCUGAAGCUGAGGCUUGGUACCAGAGCCGGUAUGAAGAGCUGCAGAGCACAGCUGGCAGGCAUGGGGACAGCCUGCGCAACACCAAGAUCGAGAUCCAGGAGCUGACCAGGAAUGUCCAGAGGCUGCGGGCUGAAAUUGAGAGCGUGAAGAAGCAGAACCAGCAGCUGCAGGCAGCUAUUGCUGAGGCCGAGGAGCGGGGUGAGAUGGCUCUGAAGGAUGCCAGGAGGAAACUGGAGGAGCUGGAAUGUGCCCUGAGCAAAGACAAGGAGGAGCUGGCUCGCCUGUUGAAGGAGUACCAGGAGCUGCUGAACAUCAAGAUUGCCCUGGAUGUGGAGAUUGCCAUGUACAGGAAGCUGCUGGAGGGAGAGGAGAACAGGCUGUGUGGAGACAAUCCAGCCAACGUGAACGUCUCUGUGGUAGGCAGAACCACCAUUGCUGGAGGCAGAGUUGGUGGCUUUGGUGCCGGCAGUGGCAUGGGAGGAGGAGUAUGUGCGGUUGGAGGAGGAAGCAUCGUCGGAGGCAGCUGUGGAGUGGGAGGAGGGAUGUACAGCGGUGGCUUCUCCUCUGGCAGUGGAAGAAUGUGCAGCUCUGGAGGUGGCAGCUUCAUUACUGGAGGUGGAUCCUCCUCAGUACGGAGAUGUGUCACAACCACAACGGUCAAAUCUUCAGGUGUAAAAUACUGAGUCCCGACCUCAGUCCCUCAAAGGAAAGAAGCAUCUCCCAUCCUCAGCCAGUGGCACAGCCCCUUGCAUCCAGAACCGGUAUCCAGCAAAGAAAUGAACUGUUUCCCUCAUAACUUCCUUAAACCAUUCUGCCUCCUCCCCAGAGGGAGAUUUGCAGCAAAACACCACCCUGUUGGCACUGCCUGCCUCCUCUCUGUGCUCCACCACUCUGCAGGGAUGAAACAUUUACAGCCCCAUUAGGAAAUAUUUUCCUUGCGGAUACCCGUCACCGGAGAGUUCAUCCAAGGGCCCUACCUCCCUUGCUGUGCUCUGCUGGCUGAGCAGGAGUGUGUAUGAAUCUGCUCUUUCCUUUCACUUCUCAAGGUCUCUUUUUCAAUGGCCUUGUUCUCCUUGUGCCUUCUGUGUCCUGCAUGUUGCCCACAUGCUUGUUUCAGCUGUAUCGGGAAUUCAUGUAAGCAGAAGAAAUGUGAUAAUGUCUCGUAGUCAGAUUUAGGAGUGAGAAGCAGCUCCCUGGAGCAUUUGGCAGCUUUAAUAUUUUAUAGAUUCUUUUCCCUCUUCUCCUUCACAGCUGACGUAUGCAAGGCCUUAUUGCAAAUCUUCUGUUACGUGAAUUUGAAUGCGUUGUUGCUUUCUACCAAUACCCCCUUUCCCUGAGUUCUUUCAUUACCAAUAAACUGCAGACAGGUGAAAAGA